GGCAACCCUUCUGACCCUGACUUGGCCCUGCAGGGGCAGUAAGCGCCCACCUGUCCCCAGCUUGGUGCCCAACCGGGCUCAGCGUGUGAGCCGCAAGCCUGCUAACUUCAGAUCCACGCCUGCCCGGCUCCCCACGCUUGCGCCAUGUCUGGCUCCUACGACGAGGCCUCCGAGGAGAUCACAGAUAGCUUCUGGGAGGUGGGGAACUACAAGCGGACGGUGAAGCGCAUCGACGAUGGGCACCGCCUGUGCAACGACCUCAUGAGCUGCGUGCAGGAGCGCGCCAAGAUCGAGAAGGCAUACGCGCAGCAGCUCACCGACUGGGCCAAGCGCUGGCGCCAGCUCAUCGAGAAAGGUCCGCAGUACGGCAGCCUGGAGCGGGCAUGGGGGGCCAUGAUGACGGAGGCAGACAAAGUCAGCGAGCUGCACCAGGAGGUGAAGAACAGCUUGCUGAACGAGGACCUGGAGAAAGUCAAGAACUGGCAGAAGGAUGCUUACCACAAGCAGAUCAUGGGCGGCUUCAAGGAGACGAAGGAGGCCGAGGAUGGCUUCCGAAAGGCCCAGAAGCCCUGGGCUAAGAAGAUGAAGGAGCUAGAGGCAGCCAAGAAGGCCUACCACUUGGCUUGCAAGGAGGAGAAGCUGGCCAUGACCCGAGAGAUGAACAGUAAGACGGAGCAGUCGGUCACCCCUGAACAGCAGAAGAAACUGGUGGACAAAGUGGACAAAUGUAGGCAGGAUGUGCAGAAGACUCAGGAGAAGUAUGAGAAGGUGCUGGAAGACGUGGGUAAGACCACACCGCAGUACAUGGAAGGGAUGGAGCAGGUAUUCGAGCAGUGCCAGCAGUUUGAGGAGAAGCGGCUGGUCUUCCUGAAGGAAGUCCUACUAGAUAUCAAACGGCAUCUCAACCUAGCGGAGAACAGCAGCUACACCCAUGUCUACCGAGAGCUGGAGCAGGCCAUCCGGGGGGCCGACGCCCAGGAGGACCUCAGGUGGUUCCGCAGCACCAGUGGCCCCGGGAUGCCCAUGAACUGGCCGCAGUUUGAGGAGUGGAACCCAGACCUCCCGCACACGGCUGCCAAGAAGGAGAAACAGCCUAAGAAGGCAGAGGGGGCCACCCUGAGCAAUGCCACUGGGGCUGUAGAAUCUACAUCCCAGGCUGGGGACCGCGGCAGUGUUAGCAGCUAUGACCGAGGCCAACCGUAUGCCACCGAGUGGUCAGACGAUGAGAGCGGAAACCCCUUCGGGGGGAACGAGGCCAAUGGUGGCGCCAACCCCUUCGACGAUGAUGCCAAGGGAGUUCGUGUACGGGCACUCUAUGACUACGACGGUCAGGAGCAGGAUGAACUCAGCUUCAAAGCCGGGGAUGAGCUCACCAAGCUCGGAGAGGAGGACGAGCAGGGUUGGUGCCGCGGGCGGCUGGACAGCGGGCAGCUGGGCCUCUAUCCUGCCAACUACGUCGAGGCUAUAUAGCCACCUUGCCCACCCGACUCCUCUCACUCCUUGUCCACCGCCUUCCGCCCUUCCCCCUCCCCUCGCCAUAGAGUUCCAGACAUAUUUUCCGAUCAAGCUUUUAUUUUUUUAAAAGUCAAAACAGAACAAAAAAGAAGAAAUAUGAAGAGACAGCGUCUGCGGCCUACCUGGAGGCCAGGGGAGUGGGGCUUAGGAUGACGGCCUCCCCCACAGCGUGGGCAAGGAUCUUGGGACUUAACCCUAUGUCACAUCUGGUCUACAGAGUCCACCAAAGAGUCUCCUGAGUCUUGAGGGAGAUCUUCUGGAUCCUUCUACCCUGUCUCGCUCUCCUGUCCCACCACAGCUGCCAGCAGCUACCCUUGUCACCUGAGCUUGGCUUCCUAAACUCUCCUGUCCCCUCUCCUGCCCUCUUCAACCACCCCCUUCUCUUAAAGGGCCCCCAAUCUUUAGUCUUCCACUCUGCCCCGGGGGUGCUGUUCUCUUCCUGGACCAGUGAGGCUGGGGGGAGAAUUUCCCUCCUUUUUCUGUGGAGGUUUCUGGGGGGGUCUCUUCACUUCCCCAGACAUGAAGGCAGGUGAAUGGGGGCAGGCGGAGUCAUGCCAUCCCUGGCACACAGGAGAGGAAGAGGAGGAACAGAUCAUCUGUCCAGGCUGUGCCAACACUCCCAAUGCCAAGCCCAUUUUGAGGGAUGAAAAACCCUACAGGGACAGAGAGGUCCUCCAGAGGAGCAUCUGAGCAUCUUACAGAGAACCUGCCCAUCUCCUAAGUCCUUGGCACUGGUCAAAGCCUCCUCCCCCUCAAAGCCCAGGGCAAAGCCACCAACAGUAGCAGCCUCCUCCCAUUCCCUGGGGAAGAGGCGUUUGGCCACCCAUCCCAUUCAGAAAUGGCAAUGCCCCAGCCCCACAAUCACUGUGUCAACAUCAGCCUUUGUGAGGCCGAUCUACAAGGCUCUCACCUGGCCAACUUAGAAGA